CUAUCGCUAUUUAUUUGGCGGCUUGUUUUGUUUAGUUUUAUUUUUUGCAAUUUUUAUUGCAACAAAAAAAGCCAUAUUAAUAUUUGUAGUCAGCGAAUAAAUCAUUAACCAUGAGCACCCGACCGACAAGACGUGCGGCCGCAAAAGUUGCAACCAUCGUUUUGUCAGAUAGUGAAGCUGAUACUCCAGUAAAACCUCGACGAGGAAGAGCCAAGAAGGUAGUUGAUCCCGAUACUAGUUUUGAAGUCAAAAAAUCACCCGUAAAAGCUGUAAAACGUCGUGGAAGACCUCCAAAGAAAACUGCAACAGUGGCAGAUGUUUGUGAUGAAGAUGACGAUGUCGAUGAAAAGCCUCCAGUCAAAAGAGUCAAAAAAGAAGAAGUUAUCGAUGAGGAUGAAACAUCAACAAAAGUUGUCAAACCUAGAGCUAAAAAGGCUGCUGCUCCUAAGAAACCAGCUGCUCCAAGAAAGCCACGACAAACGAAGGCUUCACUUAAAACUGAGACAGUGAAAUGUGAAAAUCAAGACCCAAAUAGUGAUGAAGCAUUCAAUGAUUUCCCAGAUGGACAAUGUUUGUCUGUGAAAAAGAAGAGAUACUCUGGAAGGCCAUCCAUGUACAAUGCACUAAAUUCUUCUUUUAUGGCUCGUCGUAAGGUUUGGGACAUCUAUGAGCUUUUGGCGGAAACGGAGAAUAUUGAUACACUCUCGGCAAAGAAUAUAGUCUACCUCUUCGAGAAUGACAAUACAAUUCCUUUUAUUUGUCGUUACCGUCGGGAUCUCAUUAGCUCAAAUAUUACUCCGGAAAGAUUGCGGGACAUCAAAAAUUCCUAUACGGAAAUUUUGGCAUUGCGUAAAAAAGCCGAAACAAUUGUUAACCAACUGGAAAAGGAGACUGAAAUCAAUGAAGAGGUCCGUACGGAGAUGAUGUGUGCCAAGAGCGCCGAAGAAUUGGAGUUUUUGUAUGCACCUUAUAAGCCUGCCAGCAAGGGGUCUUUGGCUGAUCGGGCUAAAGCAUUAGGUCUAGAAGAACAUGCUGAUCGUUUGCUCUUUGGAGACCUACCACCAGUUAACCUGGAUAUGAUUGUGGACCAUAAAAUUCCUGACUUGGAUAGUUAUGAUAAAGCUUGUGAAGGGAUAUGUAACAUUAUAUCCCAUAACUUCGCCAAACACACAGGAGUUCUUGAAGAAUUGCGACGAUUACAAAAAGUUCAUAACAUCACACUCAAAUGCACUAAAGCCAAAGUGGCUGAGCCAAAAAAUGAUGACUCAAAGAAUAAAGCAGCAGCUUUCACUUCGUCACAUGGCAAUCGUAAUGACCAGUCAAAGUAUGAAUCGUACUUUAAUUUUGAAAAUGCUAUUCGUUACAUAAAACCCCAUCAGGUUCUUGCUAUAAACCGUGGUGAGAAGUCCAAGUUUUUGACAGUGAAAGUAAACAUUCCGGAAUAUUUUAAAACUGACAUUAAACGAUUUAUUCGUGAAAUUUUCACCUGUGAGCAGAAUUAUCCUCUCAGAAAUGAGGUUUUAGAAAAGGCUUUCGAAGAAUGUUACACCAAAAAACUUGUUCCUUUGGUUUCACGACAAAUUCGAGCUGAUCUAAGUGAAUUAGCUAAGAAAGCAUCUAUUGAUGUGUUUGCUAAGAAUCUAAAGCAACUUCUUCUGAUGUCACCGCUUAAAGGCGAACGAAUAUUGGGUGUUGAUCCAGGGUUUACAAAUGGCUGCAAAUUGGCAUUGAUUUCGGAAACUGCUGAUGUCCUAGAAACAGGAGUUGUCUAUCCACACAGUAAAAGGAGUGACCCCGAUCAGUGUGGAGUAACAUUGGCAAAAAUGCUUAUACGAAAUCGAUGUAAAAUAAUUGCCCUAGGAAAUGGAACUGCCUGUCGUGAAACAGAAUUUUGGUUAACAAAACUUUUUGAAAAAGGUAUUCUUGAUCCAGAAUACGUACGAUACAGUAUAGUUUCAGAACAAGGUGCAUCCAUUUACUCAUGCAGUGAAGUUGCUAAAAAAGAGUUCCCUGAUCUUGAUAUGAAUGUUAUAAGUGCAGUUUCUAUUGCACGUCGUUUGAAUGAUCCCCUAAGUGAAUAUGUAAAAAUUGAACCACGACACAUUGGAGUUGGAAUGUAUCAACAUGAUAUAAAUGAGAAAAUUCUUUCGGAAUCGCUAAAUGAAGUUGUAUCGGAAUGUGUGAGUUAUGUCGGAGUUGACAUCAAUACAGCCAGUUUAAGUGUUUUGAAGCAUAUUGCUGGCUUAACAGAAAAACGUGCUGAGAAGAUAAUCCAACAUCGUCUUGAUAAUGGACCUUUUCGAACCAGAAAGGAUCUUCUUCAAGUUAAGACAGUGGGAGAAAAGACAUUUGUGCAAUGUGCUGGAUUUAUUCGCAUUGAACCAAAAAGCUUGGGAGGUGAAGUGGAUAAUUUGUUAGACUGUACUUGGGUACAUCCAGAAAGUUACUCAGUUGCAAAAAAAAUCAUUACAAAAUGUGGACUUCAUUUGAAAAACAUUGGCGAGUCGGAGUUUAUUUUUAAAAUAAAAAGUUAUUCCAAUUCACAGUCUCACGAAUCUUUGGCCAAAGAUUUUGGCAUUCCAAUCGAGAGAUUACAAGUCGUGCUGGAGGCACUUCAAAGGCAACUUUUCCAAGAUUAUCGAUCGGAUUUCGAUAAGAAGCCACUUUUCAAACAGGGUAUAACUAGAAUGGAAGAUCUGUUUAUUGGAGAAAUAGUCACAGGAGCUGUUACUAACAUCACACAUUUUGGUGCUUUCGUUGAUAUUGGCAUUGAAUGUGAUGGAUUAAUUCAUACCAGUAAAAUGAAUGGAAUUGUCUUGAAUCUUGGAGAUCGUGUGAAUACGUCUGUUAUUGAUAUUGACAAAGGAAGAAGGAGAAUCGCAUUGAGACUGGAUGAAUUGAUUUAAUUGGGUUUUUAUUUUAGAGUACUGUUAAUGCUAUCGACAUGUGCUGUGCUAAUAAUAAGAUUUUAAUUUAAGACAAAUGAAGCGACUUUGAUAUGAACUAAAUUAAAAAUCAAAAACCUAUUUCGUUUUGUGUAUUUCUACCACAGUUAAAGAAGUUCUAAAUCUUAUGAAAAAAUGGCUAAAGAUGCUGGAAAAACAGAAUUUUGAUAUUCAUUAUUUUAACCGUUUUGAAUUCAGGUUAUUGUUAACAUUUCUAAUUUUUUCAAUAUUUUAAAUUAUAAAAUAAUACAAAUUUCAAAAACAAGCGUAGAGCAAUAGUUAUACAAUUUUUGUUCUAAUAUAUUUGUAUUUGGAAAAUCAUGGUGUUAAAUAACAAACAUUUCUAUUUUCUUUUAUUCUGUAAUUUAUGUCCACCUUUCGGUAGAAGUCUGUUAUGUUCCAUGUAGAAACAUUAUUUAUGUAAAAAUGGCAUGUAUGGAAUUUAUAUUUAAAGGUUUUCUUUUUGUAUUUCUACAAAAAUAUUAAGUUUAGAUUUUUAUAGUCUAUAGAUUUUAUGUAUUAAUUUAAUAAGUUAAAUAAAAUGUGCUUAUUUAAAAAGCAA